CAGCCCGCUGCUAGGAGUGACCCUCCCGGCAGGCCCCCCUUUGUGACGUGGCCCCCAGCCUCCGCCCGAGCUCAGUCUCGGGCAGGUGAGUCCCCAGCCCAGCGCCCCGCGGAGCAGAGCUGGGCCAUGGCGGAGGCGGCCGGGACGGUGGCCGGGACCGGAGCAGGGGCAGAGGCUGUGGCCGGGACCGGGGCCGGAGCCGAGGCGGCGAAGGCUGAGCCCAGUGGCGGAUCCCCAGGCGCGGACGUUAAAGCCCAGCAGCCCCCGGAGAAAAUCCUCGCGGCACCGCCGAGGCGGGACUCGCGCUCGGUGCUCCAAGUGUCCCAGCUGCUGCUCGGGGCCAUCGCCUCGCACCGGCGGCUGACGGUGGCCGCGCUCCGGAGGGAGCUGGGGAACGCGGGCUACGAGGUGCGCGGGAACUGCCGGCGCCGCUCCAGCGCCGCGCGCCCGGCCGGCGUCCCCGGCACCCUCAUCAGGGUCAGCGGCAGCCACACCUCCGGCUACUUACGCGUCUGGAAGCCUCCAAAGCCCAAGAGGAAGCCGGGGCGCCCGAGGCUGGAGGAGGGCGCUCGGUCCUGGAGGACCCCCUCGGGGCUGCGGAGCCCGCGGAGGCGCCGCCGCGUGCGCUGCCGCAAGGCGGCCCGGCGGGCCCGGGAAGUUUGGAGGCGGAGCGCGAGGGUCCGCAGCGCCCUGCGGAGGCUGAGGCCGAGAGUCGGGGGCCAGGUGCGUUCCAGGGCCAAGGACUCGAGGGCCAAGGUGAUGGACCGGGGGAGAGGGAGGACCGUGAGAGAAGACAGGUCUCGGUCCCGGGGGAGGAGGCCCAGGGGAGAGAAGAAGCAGGACCCUGAGAAGCCGGUGAAACGCACCAGCCAGAGGUCAGCUUCCGUUAAAACUGGCCCCAGGGCUGCGCGCACCGGCGGCCGCUGUACCUGAGCCCGCGGAAUCCAGCGCGGAAUCCUCAGUGUGGGAGCAACUUCCCUUCCUCCAGGCACAGAGCCUUUCCCCAGAUGCUUCCCAUUAGAGCCGCUCUCACACUCGCUGAAAUGGACAAACUAUUCACAAGACCUUUCAAAUCACCA